AUGGGGGGACUCAGUCGACGUCCUUUCUUCCUGCGGAUCGCCUUCGCAGAGGCCCUCCUCGCAGCUGUGGGGCUUAUGGUGGUCCUCAAAUACUUCUUUAACACAGACAGUAGCGCAGUAUCCGAUCUCUUCAGGUCUCGGGGCUCUGAUGAGAACAGACCUAGAUACCCCACUCUAGAAAUUAAUGGGAGAAGAGUAAAGAGCUGGGCGGAGCGUUCUAAUUUUUUGACAGAGAAACAGUGUCGGAAGGAGUAUCCACUGUUGUUUAAACCUAUCGAUGAGGCAGUCGGGAGGGGGAAGUUUGAUUUUUAUAGAGGGCCAGAUGAUUUUACUGCGCUUGUUACAGCGAGAAUAAAGAACAAUAGGUUAUAUGUUAUCAGUACUAGCAAUACGACAAAUAGCCAUGUCAAUGUGAUGCACCGCAAUGCUGCCCUCCAUCAAGUUCACAAAGCCCUCGCAACCUCUCCAGAGCCCCUCCCAGACACCCUCUUCUCCUUCACCCCAGUCGACUACCCCAAGAACAACAGCUGGGUCUACUCCAAAUGGUAUGACCACACCGUGCUUCUAAACCACUGGCCAGUCCCACACUUCGGCCAUUGGUCCUGGCCCGUCAAAUACGUCGGUCCAUUAAUCGAGGUCCUCUCGCAAGUCUCCGAAAUCGAAAGUACCCUCCCCUUCGAAGAAAAAGUUGACAAACUCUUCUGGAGGGGCACUCCUUCCUUCAACCCCAUUCAAAAUCAGAACCUCAGGGGAAAUCUAAUUGGUGCCACCGAAGGCAAAGACUGGGCCGAUACGGGACAAUUAGAGUGGACUGCUUUAGAGAAGGCGAAAAAUAUCGUUCAAAUCCCUGAAAUCUGCAGGUAUAAGUAUAUCGCUUAUACGGAGGGUAUUACAUACUCCGGUCGUCUUCCGUUUCAUAUGCUUUGCGAGAGCGUCAUUAUUACGCCUCCGAUAAAUUAUAUGAUGCACUCGACUCAUUUGAUAAAACCGUUGUUCGCGUGGACACUGGGAUUUCAGAGUUCGAAGAAGAUGGAUAAUUGGGGCAUGAAGAGAUUGAGAAAGGCCUGGCCGAAGGAUUAUAGGCCGGAUGAAGCGAAUGCUAUAUUUGUUUCGCCGGACUGGAGCGAUCUAGAAGAGACAAUAAUGUGGCUCAGAGAGAACCCCAAAAUUGCAAAGGGUAUUGCAGCAAGACAGAAAGAGUUUGCCGUCGAAAAAGGAUACUUGUCAGAGGGUGCGGAGAUGUGCUAUUGGAGGGAGUUGAUUAGAGGGUGGAGCAAAGUCGCAAUACCUACAGGCAGUGGGUGGAACGAACUUGGGUUUCCAUGGGAGACAUUCGCUUUAACAGGAAAGACAGAGUUGAGGUAG